AUGCGAAUCUCAGAAGAACGUUCAAACUGCAAUUUGAUGAACAUAUGUAAGUGGACUGUUAUUGUUUUACUCUUCUGUCCUUUCAACAUAAUAUACCGUUCAAGUCGCUUCUUCUUUCUUAAAUCCCUAUUUCGUUGCGUUUGUGCCCCACUCUACAAGGUUACACUUCCAGACUUUCUCUUGGCAGACAAUCUUACCAGUCAGGUGUUACACUAUAACCAGACAUUUGAUUGGGCUCAACAGGUCCAGGCCCUGCGGAGUAUAGAGUUGUACGUAUGCUACUAUGGUUUGGGAGAAUAUUCCGAGAGACAAAAUAAGUGCCAUAGUCAUGGCAUUUAUAAUGUUUUCUAUUUUGUUAUUGCUGUUAUACCAUUCUGGCUCCGCUUUCUCCAGUGCCUCCGCAGAUUGUGUGAAGAGAAGGAUGCAGUGCAAGGAUAUAAUGGUUUGAAAUACUUCUUGAUAAUAAUUGCAGUUCUUAUCAGAACAGCUUUUGAGCUGAAGAAGGGAACAAACUGGUUAGUGUUUGCAUUGAUCAGCUCAGCCAUUGCAACAGCUAUGAGUACAUAUUGGGAUAUUGUUGUUGAUUGGGGGCUUCUGAGAAGGAGAUCAAAGAACCCGUAUUUGAGAGAUAAACUAGUUAUUUCCCACAAGAGUGUCUAUUUUGCAGCAGUGGUCCUGAAUAUAUUACUGAGAGUUGCGUGGAUGCAGCUAGUUCUAGAAUUCAAGUUGCAUUCGCUUCAUAGAAUGACCAUAACAACUGUCAUUUCCUGCCUUGAAACUAUCCGUCGUGGCAUUUGGAACUUCUUCAGGUUGGAGAAUGAGCACUUGAACAAUGUUGGUAAGUACCGAGCAUUCAAGUCAGUUCCACUUCCUUUUUGUUACUACAACGAAGAAGAAGACAAGGAUGAUUAG